CUCUCCUCUCAAAUCUCCAAGAAGAUAGGAUCUCUAAUCUCUAGUCUCCUAUCUCCUUUUCCAUUUUCCCCUCAUAAAAACUCCACCUCUAAAUCUCUAUUUUUCCCAUAUAUUCCCUUCCUCAAAACCCUUUUCCAUUAUUCAAAUCAUCAUUCUAUCAUAUCCAAUAUAUCCCAUUCACCAAAAUCAUGUCAUCAUCAUACCCAUACCCACCAUGCUCACCCUCCGAACUCCAAAAAUACUUAGGCCCAAACACAACAAACCCAAUAGCAGCAGCCUCCUACAUCUGCUCACGCUUCACCGCAACCUCAACAAACUUCUCCUCAUCAUCCCACGCCAUUAACACAACCUUCCUUCUCUUCUCAACCUACCUUGUCUUCUCCAUGCAAUUCGGUUUCGCCAUGCUUUGUGCCGGUUCUGUUCGAGCCAAAAACACCAUGAACAUCAUGCUCACCAACGUUCUCGACGCUGCUGCCGGUGCAAUUUCUUACUAUCUAUUCGGGUUCGCCUUCGCUUUCGGAUCACCCAGUAACCCGUUUAUUGGUUCCCGGUUUUUUGGGCUUCAUUCGGUACCCGAUUCUGAAAUGGAUUAUUCAUUUUUUAUGUAUCAAUGGUCGUUUGCGAUUGCGGCGGCGGGGAUUACAAGUGGGUCUAUUGCAGAAAGGACUCAGUUUGUUGCGUAUUUGAUUUAUUCGGGUUUUUUGACCGGGUUUGUUUACCCGGUUGUUUCGCAUUGGUUUUGGUCGGCUGAUGGGUGGGCCAGUGCUAAUAAUGCGGGUAAUCUUUUGUUCGGGUCGGGUGUAAUUGAUUUUGCGGGUUCUGGUGUUGUUCAUAUGGUCGGUGGUAUUGCUGGGUUUUGGGGUGCUUUUAUUGAAGGUCCAAGGAUCGGAAGAUUCGAUCAUGAAGGACGAUCAGUAGCCUUACGAGGUCAUAGUGCCUCAUUGGUAGUGUUAGGAACAUUUCUACUUUGGUUCGGGUGGUACGGUUUCAACCCGGGUUCGUUUACCAAGAUUCUAGUCACAUACAAUGAUGGAUCCGCCCCAUAUUACGGCCAAUGGAGUGCAAUUGGAAGGACAGCUGUCACUACCACAUUGGCCGGUUGCACAGCUGCUUUAACCACAUUAUUUGGAAAACGGAUUCUCUCGGGUCAUUGGAAUGUAACCGAUGUUUGUAACGGUUUAUUGGGCGGAUUUGCCGCAAUCACAUCCGGAUGCUCCGUGGUUGAACCGUGGGCUGCAAUUAUUUGUGGGUUUGUUGCUGCGUGGGUCUUGAUCGGGUCAAAUAAAUUAGCGGAUCGAUAUAAGUAUGACGAUCCAUUAGAAGCAGCCCAAUUGCAUGGCGGAUGUGGGACAUGGGGGGUCCUUUUUACCGCACUUUUUGCGAGUAAAAAGUAUGUUGAUGAGGUGUAUCCGAGUACGGGUAGACCUUAUGGUUUGUUAAUGGGUGGGGGUGGUAGGCUUUUAGGUGCCCAUAUUGUUCAAAUCUUAGCAAUAAUUGGAUGGGUUAGCUUCACAAUGGGACCUCUUUUCUUGAUACUUCAUAAGCUUAAAUUAUUAAGGAUAUCACCCGAUGAUGAAAUGUCGGGUAUGGAUUUAACCCGACAUGGUGGAUUCGCUUAUGCUUAUAAUGAUGAGGGAGAAACCAAUGAACGAGUAGGAAUCCGGUUGAGAAAAAUGGAUUCAAAUCGGGUUGGUUGAACCUACUUGGAUCAAUUAGAGUUAAAGAUAGUCAUCAUGUUAUAAGAUUAUAUAUAUUUUUAAAAUUGUAAAUUAUAUAUUGAAUUUUACAUUAAUUUUUCUUACAUAGUGAAGUGAAGUGUUAAGCAAAUGAGGUUUUAGUCUACUUAAGUUUU